AUGUCUGGAGCCACAUACACCAAUGCCCGAAUGAACCGUGGGAUCACACCCAAAGGCUCUGCACCACGCUAUGCCUUGAAAGCACCAGAGCGAGAAGUCGCAUUUCGAUUAGAACAUAUCGCGACGGAGAAAACAACGUUACUUCUCAAGCCACACGGUGAUCCACAGUCCGAUCAUGCAUAUAAGAUCUUGGACGAAGAGGGCUCUCCCGCAUUCACAGCAACUGGUCGGAAAUACAAUGAUCGCUCCUGUCGAGAACUCCGCGACUCAUCUGGGUUACCGUUGUUCGAUAUCCACACGAAGCCGUUUUCAAAUCCUUUGGGUUGGGUUGCCACCUUGCCCGGGAGCAAAAUCAGUGAUGCGACCAUAGCGAAGGCGACACCAAAGUUGACUCGGAAUAGCAUCAACUUGGUCUUCUCGUUUCGAAAUGGCGCGGCCGAAGACAGAAAAAGUGAGGAAGAUAAGCAGCUCACGCUGACGGUUAAGAAACAUGGGGAGGUGCUGGCCUUCUUUGAUGUUGUGGAUGGGGUUAGGAGGAUCGCAGAAUUGCGCGAGAGCAUCACCCACAAUAAAAGGUUGGCUUUGAGAAAGAUGAAGCGUGGAGUAGGCCAUCGCCCUGCGUUGGAUCUCAUUGUGAGUCCUGGUGUGGAUAUUUCACUAGUGACAGUAAUUGCGGUCAUUGUGUCUGACUGGUUCUUUGGAUCGGGUUAA